AUGGCCCUUUCAGAGUCAGCAUGGAAGAAGAGCGUACAGCUACGCGGGAAGAUGGCAGAGGCACACCCAUCGAAUCCUCAGAUCCCGCUCUUCCCCGCGCAAUCUCUCGACCAGUUCGGGAAAUACCCUUACACUCUCUGGGACUUCUUUCCACCAACGUGGACAUGUCCGCACGACGUGCAGCGGGUUGGCAGACUAGGUGACGGAGGAAAGUGGGUGUGCGGAAUGAGUGUGUAUGAAUCGAUUCCGGUACCGACAACCUGGAUGAGAGGCGUGCCGACCGGCGGACAAGAGGGCGUCGUCAUCUACAGCUUCGGCAUCAACGGCGAGUCGUCUUUCGAAGCAGAGAUGUUCGAGCGCAUCCCUAGCGCGCGCAUUUGGGGCUACGAUUUUACGGUCGACGCGUGGGGCAAGCAGAUCGCCUCCAAGUACAACGACCGCGCCUUCUUCAAGAAAGUCGGCAUCGGAAAGACGGACGAGCCCGCCAAAUCCCCACCUUUCUUCACGCUGCAGACGCUCAUGGCGCAGAACAACCAUACCUACAUGGACAUCCUGAAGAUCGACGUCGAGGGCUCGGAAUACAUUUCUUUCGACUCGGUGAUGGACUACUUCACGUCUGCGUGGCGGGGCAACGGUGAUGCCGUCCUGCCCAUCGGCCAGAUUAUGAUCGAGAUACACGUUGGUGAAGACCAAAAGGGCAUCGAUUUCAAGCGUUUCAGGAACUGGUGGGAGCGCCUGGAGUCCAUGGGCAUGCGGCCCACCUGGAUGGAGGUCAACCUCAUGGCCAUGACGAUUCCGGACCACAAGACGGACCCGAGGUGUACCGAGUACGUGCUGGUCAACGCACGCGAUGGAAACAACGUGCUUUGGCAGGAGUAG